AUCAACAACUCAAAUGCCUGGGCGUGUGGUGUGGUGUUAAGUUUACACUUUCUAUACGAUACGUUUACGAAUAGUGGUUGACUCGCGAGUGUAAAAUGGUUCGUCCUACUUCGAGUAGUUGAAGUGAGAUCAUGAUUGCCGAAUAAAAAAAAAUAAGAUGGACAACAAAAUGAAGUGCCUCAUGUAGGCUAUUGAAGAUACCAUCGUACGGAGGGAAUAGAGAUGACACUUCGUUUUGAUAACCUGUUGUUAUCUGUUGGCCUCGAGCCGUUUAUUUUACGCAUGAGCCAUAAUCUUAAAAUUGUAAAAAGGAAGAUACGCCAGCCUCUGUGGCAGAUUCAUGGGGUGAAGACAGGAUUGUUGAAUUUGGUGAAUGUAUCAAAGCCUGCUGAAUUAGUGCAAGUGCAGUUGUCCCUGGAAACGCUUACUGUUCAAAGAGAACAACUAGUGUACGUGGAUGCAGUCAAACGUCUUGCUAAUGGUUCAGAUAUAGAUUCUACCAGGGAACGUUUAGUUGUUGUUAAAAGACAGAAAAUUGGCGGUCUCGGACUCAGUAUCAAAGGAGGUGCCGAACAUAAUAUUCCAAUUUUAGUUUCAAGGAUUUUCAAAGGCCAAGCAGCGGAUUGUAGUGGCAAUUUAUAUGUUGGAGAUGCUAUUCUUAAGGUGAAUGGAUUGAGCAUAGACAAUGCUACACAUGAUGAUGCUGUAACUGCUUUGAAGAAUGCUGGUGCUGAGGUACAUUUGACUGUCCGUCAUUUUAGGGCUGCAACACCUUAUCUUCGUCAAGGAGUGAAGAAGCCACCUGACAUAGAAGAAGAGGAUAGACUUGGACAGGCUAAUGGAGAUGCAAAUUGGCAGUCCAGGUCACUUGCAGACAAGACAACCACAGAUGCCCCUCCUAAGCCUCAGAAAACCUGGAUAGACGCGUUCUCCAUUCCUCUGUUCAUGGCCCGUUUAACCCGAAGUCAACUGGGGUCUGAUAGAGUCAGGUCGAAUGCAUUUGAACUGUGCUCUAUGGACAGUGCCAGUUCAGGUGUUUUUCAGUGUGAAGAUGAGAGUGAGCUGCAGGACUGGUUGAGAACAAUUUCAGCACACAUUGCAACGCUAAAUGCGCAAUCAAUGAAGAUUUCAAAUGAUCUGUUGAAGCCUCAUGACCAAAUUAUUCAUAUGGGUUGGGUGUCUGAGCGUCAGACCAAUAACCAAAGUGUUAUUUGGAAAUACAAGUUUUUAGCUAUCAGAGGUUCAGAAUUACUGAUCUUUGAUACACCUCCAGUAAAUACACAUGAGUGGUUUAAACACGAAAGAUGUUACAAGCUGUCAGAAAUCUUGUCUAGAGUUUAUAAGGAUGUGGAAUUACUUGAUGAACGUCCGUAUUGCUUUGGAAUAGAAGCGGGAGAGGAAAGCCAUUACAUGAGUACAGAGACAAGAAGCGAAAUGGCCGUGUGGCAUAGUGCAAUCCACCAGGCAACUCACGCAGCUGUGAUUAGACUUAGAAAUAAAACAUAUGGCUGCACUUGGAAGAGAAAAGUUGUUGGAUUCACUCUUGACUUUGAAACAGGUUUUACAUUAUUUGAUGCACAAAAUAAGGCUGCAUUAUGGACAUACAGAUUUUCUCAGCUCAAAAGUUCAUCAGAUGAUGGAGAAUCCAAAGUCAAGCUGCAUUUCUUUAAUACAAAUAAAAAUGCAACAGAAAUUCAGGAAAUUGAAUGUCCAAACCUAAGGAAAUUACUGCAUUGUAUGCAUGCUUUCAUCUCUGCUAAGCUAGCCAGCCUUGACCCAGUGUUCAUGAAAAGUGCUUCAGAUAUUCAACGAUAGCAUUGAUAGAUAGGAUCAACAAUUAAGUAUGAAGUUGAUGUUUAUCACAAGUUCAACAAACAGCUCCAGUUUUUUUUUUAAAGAAAGAGGACUAUAAAGAAAUCAAGUUUUGAAGAAAAAGCAUCCAAAUUGUAUCCAUCCCUUUGUUUUAUUUUUAUCUUUUUAUAAGUGACUUUUGAAUUUUUUAGUCUCUGAACACCUAAGUAUUGAAGUGUUUUAAUUUGUUCUUAGUUUUUUUUAAUGUAUUUGCCUUCUGACCAAUGACAGUUUAAAUCAUGUAUACAUAAGUAGUAGUAUACAUUUACUUAUUGCCAUUGUGUAAAAUAUGAACAAAUCAAUAAUAAUCAUAAUAAUAUUACAUUUUCAAUUUUAUAGGUGCAAUAUAUUACAAAGAAAUUACAAUAUUCGAUUCAUAUAUUCUUGCAUUUAUUGAAGGCACUCAGGUAUAUCUGACCAAAUUAUGAUAAAUAUUUCUGAUUAUUCAAUUAUUAAUAAGCAUAAAGAAAUGUUUAAGUCUUUCCUAAAGAUAUGCCUUCAGAAUGUUGUUCAAAACUCCUGAAGUGAAAGUUAACAUAAUACUUUCACAUUUAUAUAUAAGGAAAUAUGAAAAGGUUUGAUUCAAGAGGGAAUUAACUUUUGUUUAAGGAAAAGGUAAUGAUAUUCUAUAACAUUUGAUUACUGUAUACCUUAUAGCGUUUCUCAAAGAAACCAUGUUGAGUGACUUACUUUUGAUACAAGAUCACGUUAUUGUAUAGAUGUAAGUUUAUGCAAAGUAUUUCCAUUUGCCCUGAUACCUCAUGGUUGCAUAAAAAGAAGUACCGUAUGUCAAAAGCCUAGUUCUAUCUUGUUCACACACACUUUAUAUUUACAGUAAGGUGUGUCGGUGGAAAUGAUAUUCCAUAUUAUGGAUGUAAAAACAAUAGAACGCUUUUCUUCCUUCCUGCAUCUGUUCAGUUGUUCAAAGGUUAAGAUUGUGGUAGAUAGUGGUUGAGAUACUUACUGUACUUUGGGAAAAGGAAGAGAGUCACUGUACUGAAUUCAUGUAUUACCGAUCCCAAGGACAUUUUUUGUUUUCUAAACCAGCUUAGAUUUCUUGUAGGUUUCCAGGGUAGAUUUAUAACAAUAUUCAAAGUGUAUGUAUCAUAUUUAUAGAAAAUCUAAGAAGAUAUUAAUGAAAAUGUUAUUAAAAAAUGUAAAAAAAAACAAAAAAAAAACCUUUUGUAUGAUCUAAACAGCAAUAAUCUUGUUGAAAUUAAGUUUUGAGUUCCUUGUUGUUUCAUUCCAUAUGAUAGUAUGAUUGUGUCCGUUCUUUCAUUUUUGUCAUUUAGAGACCACUCCGCAGGACUCUCGUGUAUUGACGUAUAUUUUGACAUGCGUGCAGUACAUUAUAAUUUAUAACGUUCACAUUGCGAGGAAUCCUGAACAGUUACUGGACACGUGAAUGAUUACGUCACCUAAAACGUUACCUGAAAUACCUUGUUGUAGCAAAUAUAUCAUAGUAAAAUUUCCAAUCAUAAAAUUAUUACUAGUUUUUAGUAUGUAUGUAGACAGAGGAAUAUCCAGUAUUUUAAUUCUUGUCAUUCUUUUAUUAACCAAGACAGUGGCGGAUCCAGGAAUUAAAAAUAGAGGGGCCCAGGAGGGUACUUUACAAAGAUGGAGAAACUGUACCACCGCAGCCCCACCAUGGUUGGGGCUGAGGUAAGAACAUUUGUGAUUAUGGCACUUCCAGAUGGCUGGAAAUUUCACUCUCAGACUUAAAAUUUGAAUAUGAUUUUCUUUAUAUAUCUAUAUUAAAACAAUUUUGAACAAUUUGUGGGGGGGGGGGGUGUGCUGGCUGCCCUCCAUCUCUUGAAUCCGCCACUGCAACACAAGCCAUUAAGAUCAAAUGCUUUAUUUAUUAAGAGAUUUAUAGGCUAUAUAUAAGUUCAUGGACAUUUUAUUUAUCAUUUUAUGGUACUUUUUUACAGCAUUACUAUUUUAACUGUUUUUAAAUUUGGUCGCAGUGUUUAUUAUAUAGCUUGUUUAUGAAUUAUCACCAGCUAUAAAUGAGAUGGUGCUGGUAAAACCACAAAUCGGAGAUAUCAUCUUUUACCUUAACUAAAUCUAGGUCUUCAAGGAAAAAGGUGGAUGCACACAUUGCAGUGACCUGCAUUGCUAACCAAGUAAUACACUGCGGGAGGCUGACAGUACAUGAGUUCAAAAUUUACUUGAGAGUGAUGUUCCAUUUAACAGAAUAAAACCAAAUUAAUGUAGUUUUACGGUGUUGGUACGUUGCAAGUCACAAACGUGUGAUAUUAUCUGGAUUAUGGUUACUGUAUUUUUAUGCACAAUAAUUAUAUGUUAGUCUGACAGAAUAGACCCAAUUAUUAUUUAGACAGGUUUUCUAUGCCUAAAUACUGUAGCUCUGUGAACAUACAUGAUUAGUUUUGUGUGUUUAUAUUGUACUUAUCAUCCUUUUUGUUGUGUUUUAUAUUUUACUACAAAAGAGUCUUUCUAUCACUUUGACUGUUUAGUUGGUCAACACAUUGUUAUUUUAAAAGAAAUUAUUUUUGAAUUUUUUUUAAAUCAUUUUCUUGGUCAAAACAUUUUUUUUAUUUUAAAGGAAGUGAUCACAGUUGUUUGUCAAGGUAUUUUUUGAACAAAAAGGGUUUAUGAGAUUUUUAAUAGAUUAGUUUGAACAAAAAAAAAAAACAGAAAAUACAUUUGCCAAAGUGUUAUUAGUUGUUGAUAUACCAGAAAAAAAAUAAUAAAAGCAGCUGUACUUUCUAAUUGCUAUUUUGGUUAACUAAUUGAUAUGGAUAAAAGUCUGCUGUUAAAGGAGUUAUUAUUUGUAUUAAAGUUUUGUAUAUUAUAAUGUAUAUAAUUCGAUAUUAUAUAUAUAUAUAUAUGUAUAUAUAUAUAUAUAUAUAUAUACAUAUACAUAUACAAAAACAUCAAAGUUGCUGCAUAGGCAUAUUGUAGAUAUAAAAUAAAACACACAGGUGGUACAGUAUUAGAUUUACCUCUUUUUCUCAGUAAAUAUUGAGGUAAAUCUACUACGACCUAUGUGUUUUAUUUUAUACAAUAUCUUGAUAUGUAUAAAUAAGUAAACGAUAGCCUGUCAUGUUGUUAGUUUCUGCAAUUACUGUACUAAGCAGUGUUCUGGUUUUUCUUGCUAAACUGUUAUAAACCAUGGGUUUUCAAUAUUUGGUUUUGAAAAGCUUAUAUUGCAUGAACAUAUUUUUGUUUUAAUCUAAUUGAAAUGGAUGUGAUGAAGGUUGGAUUUUGUGUGUUUUUUUUAGAGUGUAGGCCCAGGGUGUUAUAUCAUAUCCAUGAUUGUACAGAUUUGUGUCCACGAAAUUAUUUUUCGUCCCUACUUAAUCAUUAUUUGCUAUUUUACAUCAGUGAUGUAUUUUAGUGGUUUUUUUUCUAAGAAUGUUUAAGAAUACACUUUAUUGAAGACUUUCUUAGAAUUUUUUUCAAGAAUUUAUGGGGAUAUUUGCAAUAAAAUAAAGUUCCAGCCACAUGAGAUAAUUAAAUAAUCCAAAUAAAUCUUUGUUUUUCCAGAAUUGCGCAAUGUCGAAAUUGAGUGUUGAAUUUAACAAAAUUACUGAAUUAUGCAAACUAAAGAGCAUUACAGUAUGAUUAUUGGAUUCAUUAAUUUGGAGUAAUAAUUAUAUUGAAUAGUAUACAGCAUUUCCACUAACCCUAAUAUUUUUUUUUCAUUUGUUAAAUUACCUUUGAUGUAUAAAGAGUAUUACUUUAUGCAAUUACUUAGGUAUACCUAGAUAUCUGUUUGAUAUGGUUUUACAAACUCGAGAUAACGCUUUAUAGAUAAAUAUAGCUAGCAACAUUUUGUAACAGGGUUUGACGUCUGUCGGUUGUGCAGAUCAUGGUGAAUACAGGUUACAUUAUUCUUGGUUGAAACCUGAGAAAAACAAUAUAUUUAUUAAAGCUUGGUUAUUUUAACUA